UUGAUUUCAGAGCUGAAGAAUGUUCGGUUUGUACUUUAUAAGGACAAAAUGUGGACCGCUUCAAAAUUUUAUGAUAAAGAAAACGAAGUGUUCAAGGUGAUGAGGAACCAUGUCGAUUUCCCAUCUUCCCCAUUUGAUCAAGAAGAGUGGAAGAAUUUCAUGAUCCAGGCAGGUUUGAAAAACGAAGUAUCUUCAGAAAUGUUUGUAACUUUUGCCGAAAUCAUCGAACACGCUGGUGUUAAUGAUACUACUACCGAACAAUCACGCACACUUGUCCGUCAUUUAAAUGAUGGAGAAGAUGCGUUAAACGAAGAAUUUUGUAAACGAAUUAAGAAUAUAAAAUUUAUUGAGGGCUAUCGUUUACCCAGCACGGACUUCAGAAGUCAGAUUCAUCACCAGUAUGGCUGCAGAGAGAACUUCAUAUGUUUUAAUGGUUCUUUCAAAUGGAUAAAGACUAAUUUAGUUUGGACUGAAGCAGAUAUUCUGCCAUCAGAUAUCAUCCUCUCAAGCACCUCUCUGGGGAUUAAAACAAAGAUCAAUAGAAAUAAUUUUAUAAACCACUUGAAGAGAAUUUGUGGAUCUCUGUCAAAUGGAAAUCGUUUGAAAGAAAUUGACAGAAAACUAAUUAUAAAGCUAUUCAAAAACCUGUAUCAGUACAUAGAUGAUAAUGAGGACGUGAAGAGAAUGCCAGAGCUUAGAACUCUUAAUUUAAUAUUUUUACCAGAUGAAACAAUAAUGGUUAACGCAGCUUCUCUAUUAAUUGAGUCGUCUAAAGAUGAAACCAUUAAAGGUCAUAUUUUUAAGUUCCCUCUUAAGUUUGGUGAAUUUUGUGCACUAUUUCAAGAACUCGGUGCAUGGAAGUCGGCAGUUACAGAUUUGUAUCUUGGAGUUCUGCGGGAUAUUUGUACACAGUGUCAAGGCAAAGAACUCAAUCCAUAUGAAUCUGGUGUUGUCAAACUAUGUAUGGAACAACUCAUACGCUUAUGGGAGAACAAAACAGAAAGCGAAAGUUCUAUGACUGAAGAGUAUUUAUUUCUGCCGAACAGAAAUGGAAUUUUGACAAAGUCUACUGAAUUGAUUCUGAUUGAUAAUAUUAGCCUUUAUCAAAGAGUCGAAAAUCUAAGUCUUCCAUAUUUCAUAGGGUUUAAUGAGAUGGAAAUAGAAUGUGUAGACCAAUGGAGGAUUCAUAAUAAUUUUCCUAAAAAGUAUCAGAUGAAGCCAUUACGUAAGGUCGUUAAAGUAACAAUUGCACAUGAAAUCCUGGCAAAUGCUAUUCAAAACACAAUAUUUACGAACAAAGUUUCUAACAUGUUAAAAGACGAACAUGUGUUGAAUGGGAUAGUGCGAUUGGUGCGACACUAUAAAGAGGUACACAGACAAAUUAUUGACGAUAAAUCAAACAAUCUUCUGGAUGAAGGGAUUCAAACUCUGACCAAUAUUGAAAUAUUUGAAGUGGCCAACCUUAGGACGCAAAUAAUACAUCAAGACCAAGCAGUGCCUGGCAGUGAAGAGCCAUGUACAAUAUUCUUUGUAAAGCAGGACAGAUCAGAGCAGUGGUCAUAUUCUUUGUAUGUUGAUCAAGCUAGGUCAAAAAAUAGAUUGAACGAAUUUCAUCGCACAUUAUCUGAACUAUUUCGACGGAUAUUUAAUAUAGAUAUCGGUGGGCACUUUCGUGAUAUUUGGGAGAGGGCGGUACGCGGAAAAUCUUCUGAAACCGAGUCGUAUUUGGAUGAACAGAAGAUAAAUUGUUCUAAUCCAGGAUUUAAUUUGAGAUAUAAGUUAUUUCCAUCAGUCGGUACAAACAUUCCCGAAAAAUUUCACUGGCAGUUGGAUAACAGUUUCUGUGAUUUUGAUAAAAGAGAAUAUGUUGGAUAUGAAAUUUAUGAUCCCGAUAUUGGGGACACAAGUGACGAUGGAAUCACCGUGGAUCCCCCAUAUUAUAUAUACGCAAAAAUUGUGGAGAAAAUACAGGCAGAAACUGAUACUGAGUUUGCUAUAUAUAGUAUUAAUGUAGGAGGGGAGAAACCCAUCCAAGUUACAGUUACCAAAUUAUAUAAAUUCCACCGAAAUAAUACAAGUACCUCUCGGGAAUUAGUCCUAAGCGAAAGGGGAGAAGCAGAACCACAAAUGGAAAGUAGUAACGACAAUUUCGACAUUCAAACUGUAUUGCGGGAUAUACGACAGAACUUGACGCGAGCAUGGAAAUGUUUAGAUGAGGUUGAAAGAAGAAGAGUUCUUAAACGACUUUUGUUAAGAUGGCACCCAGAUAAAAACCCACAUAAUGUUCAGCAGUCAACCGAAAUCAUGCAACACAUAUUGAACUAUGUGGACAGAUUGAAUAGAGGCCUUAGUUUAGAUGAAGAAUCCGUUCCUGAUGAUGAAACAGAUGGUACAAGAAGAUCACAACACAAUCGUUCAUAUGAAAGGUUUUACAGCAACGUGCAUUCGACAGGUAAAAAGCACGCAAAGCAUAAGGAAGAACAAAGAUCCAAUAGACGAUAUUACAAUGAUAAUACUUUUCACAGAUCGGCUCGAGAUGAACCAAACCCAUCACCUGGACAAGCAGCACGAUGGCUCAAGCAAGCAGAUUGGGACUUGAAGGCAGCGGUGCAAUCUCUGUCUAGUGGCGCAAGCUCACAUAAUUGGAUAUGUUACAAAUGUCAACAGUCAGCUGAAAAGGCUUUGAAAGCUGUAUGGUAUAAAAUAGAUGCAAAUAAAGUGACUCGGGACCAUGAUUUGAAUCGUGUUGCCAAUGGGUUACCGUAUCCUAAUCUUGUACAAUUAGCAACAGAACUACAGUCAACUAUUGGAGAAUAUGCCGGAUUUAGAUAUCCAGACACAGAGAGCUAUCCAAGGAUUCCACAUGAUGCUUAUAAUAAAACACAUUCCCAGCAAGCUUGUACAUUAGCAGGACAGAUUAUAAGCAUAACAACAAAAAUAAUUGGUAAAUGAUAGAUGAAAAUAACUGUAGAGAGAAAGCAGUUAAAACACCGAUCAAUCUGAUUAAAACACAGAUCCUAUUUCGUUUCGUUUUUUAUAGUUCAAAAUUUCGUUUUACUUGUCUUCACUAGGAUCUGGAAGAGUUGUUGUAUUACCGGCAAUUUCCUUGAAGUGAGGGAUUAGCCAAUAAAUCGGUCUGUACGAAAUUGUGGGUAAACCACUAGAAACGUUAGCGCUGAUUAAUUUAUCAGUGUCUGACAUCAUAGGGACAAACGUCGCUCGUACGACCCCUGACGCAACCUUCCAGUACAUCUGGUUAGAUCUCCAUGUAGUGUAGACCAUCCAAAGUAUAAAAAAAACGAAACAAAAUAUAGAUCUGUAUUUUAAUCAAAUUGUAAUCACAAUGUUAUUUAAAUACUUUAGAAGAGGCGUGGCCAACAUUUUACAUUCCAUGCAACCGUUUGUUCACAACACGAAUUCAGAUGCGACCAGGGUGUGCUGGCAGGGAGUUUAGGAGGACGGUGUCCUCCCAGGCCCCCAUUAAACAAUAAGUCCACCGGUAUAAGCGGGCCCCCCUGAGAGCUCUAAUUUUCACGCGGAAUCCCCUCAAAAAAAUUAUGCAAAUGUCUGUCACUUUAAGGUGAAAUGGUCUUUGAUACAUGUAUUCAUGCCUCGAUAUGUAUAAGAUGCAAUUUAUUUUUUGGAUAGAAAUACAUUGUAUUAGCAUUAUAUUAAGCAGACCUGUCAUGAGUGUCUUGUGUAGUACAGUAGUAUGUCUUAUUGUCAAAAUAGCAGCAUAAAUUUGGAAAAUAUGAUACCUAGAUUUCUCCCAGAAGUGCUUGCAAAACGCGUUUCCCGUUGUCAAAUUUCAAAAAUUUUCUGGACCCCCCUACCAGCGGCGCGCCGUCCUCCCGCCCCCCUUCGGGGCCAGAACGCCCCUGGAUGCGACACACAUCAACUGUACAGCCGUCUACUUUUUGUAAAAAAUAUGUUUUUAGACAUAAUUAGCAUUUUACAUGAUAAAAUUAUUAAAUAUUAAAAACAAAAACAUCUGUUAAAACAGAUAGCCAGGUUAAUACCAAAUAAGAUAUUCACUAUAAAAGACAAGCGCGAAAUAAUAAAGUCGCUAAACAUAUUGAGUCGGCUUACUGCCUUACUUGUCAGUGAGGCAGGACGGAGGGCCUGACAAGGACAGCUGUCUAGUCGUUCGGAUGAGACGAAAAACCGAGGUCCCGUGUACACAUUGGCGUGCAAGUAAACGAUCCCUUGAGAGUUGGAAUUCGAUAUAAGAGUAGGCCACAGUGUCGCUGUUCGGGCAAAAUGUCCCUCAUAGCACACCGUAUGGCGUAUGCCCGUCUUCAUUAGCCGAAUUCGGAACAGAACAAUAGGACAUUAAGCCCCAUUUCAUUUUAUUAUUGUCACAGAGAUGUAAGGUACCACUUCUAAUCAUCCAAUGUGCCAAAAGUUGACCAUCCCUGCUCUAGAUUAUCAAAUCUGUAAGUUAAUAGAAUAUUAUUUAUUUAAAAGUCAUUUAUACGACUUAUAUUGAAUUUAUCGUACAUAGAACCAUAUGAAGAUCGAGUCCCGGGGAAGAACGAUCUAGGUCACUUUUUCAAUGAACCCCAGUUAAUGGCGCCAUCUGGUAGCAAAUUGUAUAAGCUUUCUGUGGAACAAUCUAUUUCGGGUAAAAACAAUCGGAGUCACAUCGAACCAAGGCCCUUCUUAAAUGGCCUCCCGGACAAAUACGUCCAUCGUACCCUUUAUUUAACCUUAAUUCGGCUGAAAAGUGGAAGUCAGUUGUUGUACUGGUAAUUAUGAUUUGUAUUAAACAUCAUUUUGAAGUCGUAAUUAAACCCACUCAUUGUUCUGUUCAAGAAUUCUCUUCCAAAAGUCUGUUUUGUAGUUUGUGCGAAAAGACAAAAAUGUGACUUAGAUCAUUCUUCCCCUGGACUCUUCAUAUGUUUUCCUGCGUUAAUUUCAGAGUAAUUUGUAAGGAUUUAUUCAUUGGGAAAUGGAAAAUAAGAACCCCAUCAAAAGUCGUGUAUUUCGGUGCACAAAUCACUGUGUUAUUAACUGUUACAAUUUGACUUUUAAAGCAUAAGUAUGGCAUAGAGUAGUAUUUUGGUUAAUUUUUUGUGGUCAGUGGUGGUAUACGAACUAAUCUUAUUGUAGUUUUGUUUCAUCUUGCGUUUGAUUCUUGGUUUCUUCUCUCUCUCUUUAUUCUAAAAUAAUGUGUUAUUAAUACUUUGUUUAUUCUAAGUAGUAAUAACUUGUUAUUAUAUAUAGUUUAUUCUAAGUAUUAAUGAUUUGUUUGGUACUUAUUUUUAUAGUGUAUGUUAAUUCUAGUAUAUUAUUAAAAUAACAUUGUGUCAAUAUGGUAUACCUACGAAUUUUGACAGCCAAAUUAGGUCAACAGUUCUCCAUUUGGAAGGCCAAUAUAGAGAUUAAUAAAUAUUCCUUUAUUAAAAUA